GCCUCGGCCCCAAUCCGGAGCCAGCGCGAGGACCGGGGGCGUGGCCGUCUCUCGGCGUUUCAUCCUCCUUUUCCAUCAGUGUUGGGCAGGGAUGGCCCCUGGGCCGCUGCCGGCAGCCGCCCUCCAGGAAUCCGUGACCUUCGAUGACGUGGCCGUGGACUUCACCCUGGAGGAGUGGGGGCACCUGCACCCUCCUCAGAAGGAGCUGUACCGCGAAGUGAUGCUGGAGAACUACAGGAACCUGGUCUGCCUGGGCCUUGCUCUUUCUAAGCCAGAUGUGAUCUGCCAGUUGGAGAGAGGAGAAGCCCCUAGGCUGGCGGAGGGAGACGCCCCCAAGAGUGGCUGUGCAGAGUUGGCUUUUGGAGCCCAGGUUCACCUCUUGACAUUUGUCCCCGUUUCAUUUAACCUGCAGUACCCACAGCCAGGUGUGGUCUUCUGGGUUCUGGGUCCCCCAACCUGCGGGCCUCAGAGCCCUGUGAACGAGGAGGAAGGCUCCCAAGCAUCUUCCUGCUCAGGGCAGGCCUCAGCCAUUUCUUUGAGAGCCCCAAAGGCCGGCUCAUAGGCCCAUGCUUUGUCUUCUGCCCCCUCUUCCCUCUGGGAGAAAUCUGUGCCACUCUGGUCCUUGCCUAGUCUUGUGGCCCCUCAUCAGUCAGCCAGCCGCCCGUGGGAGCCUUGGCGUGUCACCAGGAGAAGGCUGAGUGGUCUGCUAGGCCACCUGCAGCCUCCACAGCGGGCAUUGGCGCAGAAGGGCGCUCCAGCAGGCCUGCGCUGGGCAGAUUGAGGAGAGGGGGGUGGGUUAGGAGCCAGUGCCAGGCCUUGCUGCCCCGCACCCAGUGGUGUGUGCUCCUUCCCCUCAGGCCCGUCCUUCCCUGCUUGACUUGUCUCAAUCCCCCACAUCCCUGCUCCUGCCCCCAUCCUAUUUAUUAGUGUUCCCCUUCCCUCUCUACCUCUCCAGUGUCUCUGACAGGGCUGUCUGUGUAGGCCAUCAGAGGCAUUGUUAUUCAUC